AUGAUCCGUAGGAUUUUGUGUAGAGGAACUAGUUUUACGGCUGCCAGAUUUCUGAAAGAUAGAUCAAGGAUUAGUGUUAGAGCUUAUAGUAAAAGUAUGUCUGGAUCUGAAGUUGAGAAGAACUUUGAUUCUUUGUUUAAGAAAAUUGAUGAAUUGAAGCCAAGAUUCAUUGAACGUUUGGCCAAGGGUAUUGAAAUUCCUGCUGUUUCUGGUGACGAGAGUUUGAGACCACAGGUUGUCAAGAAGGCUCAUUACUUGGCUGAUGAAUUGAAGAAGUUGGGUUUCUCAGACAUUGAAUUGAGGGAGCUAGGUACCCAACCACCUCCAGUCGCUGACCCAAAUUUGCAAUUGCCUCCUGUUAUUCUUGCUCGCUACGGUAACGACCCAACGAAGAAGACUGUCCUUGUUUACGGUCACUACGACGUGCAACCAGCCAACCUUGAAGACGGUUGGAACACUGAUCCAUUCAAGUUAGUUAUUGAUGAAGAAAAACAAAUUAUGUACGGUAGAGGUGUCACAGAUGAUUCUGGUCCCGUCAAAGGUUGGUUGAAUGUUGUCGAAGCUCACAGAGAGUUGGGUCUUGACCUUCCUGUCAACUUGAUCACAUGUUUCGAAGGUAUGGAAGAAUCAGGGUCCAUUGGUCUGGACAAGUUGAUCGCAGACGAAGCUGAAAACUAUUUCAAGAAAGUGGAUACCGUGUGUAUCUCAGACAACUACUGGUUGGGUACCAAGAAACCGGUAUUGACUUACGGUUUGAGAGGCUGCAACUACUACCAAAUCAUUAUUGAAGGCCCAGGCGCAGAUUUACACUCUGGUAUCUUUGGUGGUUCAAUCUCUGAGCCUAUGAUCGACUUGGUUAAGGUCAUGAGCACCUUGGUCGACACAAAGGGUAACAUCUUGAUCGAUGGUAUCAAAGAAAUGGUUGCACCAGUAUUGGAAUCUGAAGACGCCUUGUAUGACAAGAUUGAUUUCUCCGUCGACGAAUUCAACGCUGCAUCUGGUUCAAAGACCGCCUUAUUUGACAACAAAAAGGACAUUUUGAUGCACAGAUGGAGAUACCCAUCGUUAUCCAUUCACGGUGUUGAAGGUGCUUUUUACGGUUCCGGUGCUAAGACCGUUAUUCCUGCCAAGGUCAUUGGUAAGUUCUCUAUCAGAACUGUGCCAAACAUUGAAUCUGCUAAGUUAGACCAAUAUGUCAUCGACCAUUGUAACAGAGAGUUUGCAAAGUUGCAAUCUCCAAACAAGUUCAAAGCUGAGUUAAUCCACGAUGGUGAUUACUGGGUUUCUGAUCCAUUCAACGCAUCCUUUUCAGCAGCUGCUAAAGCUACUAAGGCGGUCUGGGGUGUCGAACCUGACUACACCAGAGAAGGUGGCUCUAUUCCAAUCACUUUGACAUUCGAACAGGAGUUGAAGAGUAACGUUUUGUUGCUACCAAUGGGCAGAGGUGACGAUGGUGCCCACUCCAUCAACGAAAAGUUGGACUUAAGCAACUACUUUGGUGGUAUGAAGACCAUGGCUGCCUACUUGCAUUAUUAUGCUGCCUCCGAAGAGAAAUGA